AUGUUAGAUCCUGUGGAAUUCCGUGCCGAUAAUGAGGUGCAUCCAGAAGGAAUCGUGCAUGGUCAUAUUCACAACUUUGACAACAUGACCUUCAUCCAUGGUCAUGUACAUCACGGAUUGCAAGAGGCAGCGGCAAGCUCAGAUGUGGUGGGUGAACCACUUCAGACGUCGGCGGUCGCUGUACCGACCACGACGGCUGCUACACCAUUGCCUAUAACACAACCGACUGACCGGAUCAGCGAGCAUUGCAAGACUGAUCCUGAUUGUCAGCAUUUCGAGAUCAUAAACUAUCACAGGAACGCCGAUAGUUGUGGCAAAAAGCAUCCAGUAGCAGCAAAAAGUGCACGGAGCUCGUCGUUUGGCUCCUCCAUGUUCAGCGAUGAUUUUUUACUUUUGCCAUCCAAGAAAAGAAAAAUAUUACAAAACAAGAGCGAUAGCAGAGGCAAUGGAAACAACAACAGCAGUACCAACGGCACUACAAAUAAGAGCGAUCCGAAUGCUGAAAAUUGCGAAUGUCAUUCCAAGAUUCUGGAAGUCUGUUGUGACGUAAAACAUCCAGAUGAUCCAUACAGCGCACAGAAGGAUAAAGAUGCAAUAAUCUACACGGGAAUAGAAAACAAUCCCUUACUGCACUCCGCACUUCACAACACAGGCAGCAAUCAAGCGAAUGGAAAUGGCAAGAAUAGCGGCGUUUAUGCAAAUGAUAACAAUAGUAAUAAAAAUAGUUAUCAAUAUGCUGCAGGUAUACCAGGCAUACCAGAAAUUAAUUGUGAUUUAACAUGUGGACCAAGUUCGUACUAUAAAGAAAAGGCAAAUUCUAAUUCAAACGCAAAUUCAGUUUCAAUUUCGACAAGUUCACAGAAUGGAAGUGAAACUGAAAAGGAAGAAGAGGAUAUAUUUGAAAAAUUUUGCAAAGAAUGUUUAAAUUUGGGUCUUGAACAAAAAUUGAAUGGUAAUGACAAGCUAUCAUCACCGAGUAAUAGUCACAUUCACCAUCAUCAUAAUCAUUAUCACCAUAAAUGUUCAAUGGAUACUCCUUUAUCCGCAAGUUCAACUUCAAGUAAUAAUUCAAUUAAAAUUGAAAGUAACCCUAAACAUGAUGAAAGUAUUCAUGUACCGACAACGACAAAUAAUGUAAACAGUACAUUAUUUGAUGUUGAUGCAGUUACAAAUAAUGUUACACCAUUACCGCAUGGCAGAUCGUGUCAUGAUCAUAUAGUAAACACUCAAAUGGAUCUGAAAAUUUUAGAUGAUUUGUGUAAUAUUUCGUCAUUAUAUGAAUUUCCAUCAGCAAGUCAUUUAAAUCAUCAAAACCAUUCACACAUUAACUCCAAAAUUAAAGGUGAAAGUAAUAACUCAAUACCACAGAAAAAUAAUGAAAUUCCAUCCGAAAGUAUAAAUUUACUAGAGUCAUCCUUACGAGGUACAACAACAAAUACACAAAAUAACAAAUCAAAUCAAUCGCAUCAUCACCACAUUGUUCAAAUACAUCCACCCUGCAAGCCAUGUUGCUCAAACGUUAGCAUGCAGCCUCAAAUAUCAGAUAAUGAAUUCAAUCUCAUUGAUACAAAUACUAUUCCAUAUAACAAUAAAAAUUAUAGUUACGAACGAUCAACCUUACAGGAAGAUACAAUAGCAGAGGAUUCAAAUAUAUCAACACUUCCUAAAUUCAAUAAUUCUCAAAAACCAUCAUUUGAUUGGAAUUUAACAGGUCAAGAAAAUAACAUUAUUAAUUUCAAUUGGUCAUUCAAAAACGAAGAAAAUAACAUAAAAUGUAAAUGGGAUCAAUGUUCUGAAACUUAUUCGACUUUACUUGAUUUGCAAAAGCAUAUGCUGAGAGAUCAUGUCGGGGAUGAUUCUUCUCCGGAUCUAUCAUGCUACUGGGAGGCUUGCAGUUUUGAAGGUGAGGAUACAUGUUCAUUAAUAAACCAUAUUAAUGCCGAUCAUGGUAUUAAUUUUGGUAUGAGAGUUGUUGACCCUAAUUCUUUGCUGGAACAAAGAGACCCAGCCGAAAUUCAUAACCAUAAUAGUCAGGAAUGUAAUCACCAUCACCAUCCACAGGAAUAUGAUCAUGAUCACGUUCACAACCACAAUCAUCAGAAUUGUAAUCACUAUCACAAUCCCAAUCACCAUGAGUCCUAUCGCGAGCAUCAUAACCACAUUCAUCUUAAGGAAGAUCAACCUCAAGACCACAAUUAUGAUUAUAUGCAAUAUCGCGAUUUGCACUGCGAUUAUUGUGAUACUGAAACCAUGUCCUAUAACCAAAAUACUCAGAACAACGAACAACAAGAUCCAUUGGAAACUCCUGUACAUAAGCACGAUUGCUCAUCACAUCAGCAUCGUCAGCAACCAAAUCAGAAGGCUCCAAUGAUCCAAACGGAUAGCAAUGGUCCUAUGAAACUGCAAUGCAGAUGGGGCACUUGUAGAGAAACUUUUGAUUCUGCUGAAGCUUUGACUAAUCAUUUGGAGCAAGUUCAUUUGACAAGAGGAAAAUCUGAGUAUCAGUGUCAUUGGGAAGGUUGUAGUAAAAGAUUUACCCAGAGACAAAAAUUGGUUCGUCAUUUAAAAGUACAUUCGGGUUACAAGCCAUAUAAAUGUUCAGUUUGCGCAAAGUGUUUUUCAAGUGAUGAUACUUUGACCCAACAUAUGAGAAUUCAUUCUGGUGAAAAACCAUUCGAAUGCCCAAUUUGUGGUAAAAAAUUCACCGUAUCAAGUUCUUUAAAGAUUCACAUUAGAACGCAUACUGGCGAGAAACCUUUGCAAUGCAAGAUUUGUGGUAAAAGAUUCAAUGAAUCAUCUAACCUAAGUAAGCAUAUGAAAACUCAUCAAAAAAAAUAUAAAUGUAUUUUCUGUGCCAGAAGCUUUGAAACCCUGGAUAGGUUCCAAGCUCAUCAAAACAAAUGCACUAAGGCGCACGAGAAGCGAUACAAAGAAACUUCAUGA